AUGGUAGCUGGAAUUCUCAUCGUGGCGGUGGGGGAUGUUGUGGACGUGUACCUGGCGGCAGUAAUGAGCCUAGGGCUGGUGGCGUCUAUAGUUGAAGAGCGGUUCGGAUGGGAAGCCAUCCAGGUUGGGUGGGGCGAGAUGGCCAAGAGGAAGGUGAGCGGAUGGGUCUUGUCGGGCGGGUUUCUGGUGAUGUCGGGUGUUAUCAGUUGGGAGCUGGAGUGGUGCUUGAAGGGCCAAGAUCUCUCGGAGGAGGGUGGAUGGACGGCCUUGAUGAAAUGGUUGGGGCAGAACUCGAGUUUGGUAUGCUUGUUCGGGUUGGUGGUGUUGUGGAGCUACAUUGUCAACACUGUUUUCUAUUUCGAAUGCAAGCGAAAACAUGGUGUCAAUGAAUAA